AAAAAAAACACAAACGUCAUAGUACGUCACAUCAUUAUUUUUGUAUCGAAAAAAAAAAUGAAAAUUUGCGCAGUUUUCUGUGAAUUUUACACUAAAUUUGUUAUAGUUUAACAUCAACAUAUUCCAUUUUCUAUUUCUUAUUGUGUGGCUGAAGUGAUAGAUGUAAAGAAUUUAGUUUUGGUUCGUUAAACUUGUGAGAGGAAAGCAUAAAUCAGCCGCUGGAAAGUAAACAAUGGUUUAGUGGUUUUAUUGUAAAAUUUGAUAAAAAAAAUAAUUUACUGUGACGAUAGAGCAUGAAUACGGUGGUGAUGGAUGAGCAGCAGUUGUACGAUGGGACGAUGUUGGACAUCGAUCCAAUCCUGGAUGAUUUCCCCAUGGAGAUGUACCAAGGAUCUCUGAAUGGCUGCGUGGGAUCUUGUGCCGGAGUGUUGUCCCAGGAAGAAGGAAUAUCUCCACAAGACGAGCAAUGCAUGAUGAGUCCACAGUACGGAGAUUUUAUAGAUCCGGACAUGUUUCUGAAUGGGGUGGUGAAGCGGGAAAGCGAAUCGGAAUGUUCCACGGGUUCGCAUAGGGACACUCCUUCGCCCUCAGACAGCAAUAAGAGCUGCGAUUCGUACCCUUCGAGUGGGUAUGGAUCCUGUGGCGGUGUCCAGAUGAAUAAUAUUCUGUUUGAUAGCCCUCCUACUUCUCCGGAAUACCCGGCAAAUCCGCCACAGAUAGUUACUGCAGCUCCCGUUAAUGGUGUAGUUCGCGUCGGAGCAGCUCAAAUUCCCGCAAUACAGAAGCCAGUUUGCCUGACGAAUCUAGCUGACCUGAAGAAGGUUAAAAUUCCCCCGAAAAACGCAAAGCCGAACAAUGGAAACCCGACUGGAGCUGUAACAAAAACCAUUACCAACAAGACGAUUGUUCUUACUGCAAAGGACUACCAAACGCUGAUAAGGAAUAUGAAGAGCCAGACCAACAAUGGAACCGUUCUGAUCCGAGCAACGCCAGCAUCGGCAUUUGCAGCCACCAAACCCGUUCUCCCGAGACCCCCCAGGGAAUCUCCGGCAACAGUACCAACAUUUCAACCCGGCCAAACUAAACCUUACCCGGAAACACCUCCGACUCCCGUAAGCCCGCAGAUCCCUCUUUUGCUGAUGCCACCCUCAAUCGAAGGAACGGUCAAUGAACGGGCGCUCAAAAAGCAUCAGCGAAUGAUUAAAAACCGGGAAUCCGCCUUUCUGUCCCGAGUGCGCAAGAAAGAGUACGUCACGUCGCUGGAGCAACGCAUCGAUGAGCUCACGAAGGAGAAUCUGUAUCUGAGAGACGAAAACGCUAAACUGGUUGAGAAAAUCAAACACAAAUGUGUCUGUGAUGGAAGCAGGUUAAAGCUUGGCAACUUCAAUAUAAUCACCAAGCAAAUGACGCCCAACGUGCGAAAAAAUACUGCAAUAGUUUUGGCAAUGCUGUUCAUGGUUUCGUUCAAUUUUGGACCGCUAGGGAAUCUACUGACUGGACAGGUAGCAAAUCGCGAUUUGUUGGAAACCCCGGAAGAAGUGCCUCAUCACAAGCGCAAUCUGCUUUGGGUGGAGGAUUCUAAUCUUCUGAGCGCUCGGAAUGUCGACAUAAGUUUGAAUCUGAGCAAUUUCGAUGAUCUUUCUGCGAGAGCCAACGGAGAGGAGCCUUUUUCAAUUUGUCCCUUUUAUGUAAAUCAAACGGAAAACAUAAGACUGGCCAGCGAAUUGCGUCGGUGGAUUGGUGAAAAUGGUUACAAAAACUUGACUGAUCAGGACGGAGACGACAUGAGCAUCAAUUCGUUUUCGGAAAUGUUUGCCUUGAAAGACACGAUCGAUUCCAUGUACCAACAGAUGAAGGACAUCAGUUCCCAGAUGGAAUCGUUCCAAAAGCGAUCGAAACUUCAGUUGGGAAUCAAGAAACGCAACCAUCUGAAAGGGAAAAAGGCUCGAUCGUUGGAAAUUUAUCAGAAGCAAAAGCCACGGAAGGAAAGCGAACUGGCGUUCUACUAUUCUGGAUUUGGCAAAAAGUAUGCCAAGUUCUUCGAGGAAAUUGGCCGUCGAGAUGAUACGUUCUAUCUGGUGUCGUUUAGUGGAGAGCAUCUGCUGCUACCAGCUUUAGCGUACAAUAAAACCAAUCGACCCAAAAUGUCGCUAAUGUUGCCGGCUAUGGUGGAUAAUGCAACCCAUCCAUCCGACAAAGUGACAUUGAUGCAAAUCGACUGCGAGGUGAUGAACACAUCGAUGAUCCAAAUUCGGGAGAAAACGAUUCCGGGCGAUUUGCUGCGUCCACACGGAAAACCGGAUGAAUCCACAAAUGGGACUAACGAAAAACGCUAAGAAACCGCAAAAAAGUGCACCAGAAUUUAGUGACAAUAACGUACAAAACGUAAGCAGCUCAAACACAGCGAAGAAUAACCGAAGGGUUCACCAUAAGCACCCUUCUGCUAGGCCGUUCUUUGUUCAACGAAUGAGUGAGCAUUUGAAAAGUGAUUAUGAUCUACAUUAGACUAAGAGGAAAACGUUCCAACUGUUAUAUCAUUUAAAAUUUUCUGUUCAUUUUUCGUACCUUGAUAUUCUUGUGUCUAUGUAACUUAUUGAAACUGAAAACUAUUUAAAAAUCGUUAUAAAUUGUAACUAUUGUGCAAUGUAGGACUGCAGUCCUAAAUUACCUUUGUUGAACUUCGACCCGUACAUUUUUAUUUUCUUUGCGAAGAAUUGGAAUUGGCUGUAAUAUUAGUAAUUUAAAAUCAUUGUGGACAAUGCGAGAAUAAUCUUACAAAUGCAUUUGGAGAUAAUCUUUACAAAACCUACUUUAAUACCAUUACGAUAAUCUUACACGAAUAAAACAAACGCAUACCACGUC